GUUAAACGUUUCCACACAGAAGUCUGUCAGUGAUGUUGAUGUUCAUCUAAACGCGAUUAAUCUACAAUAAUUCUCAUUUACUGCCUCAAAUAUUCUCACAUGAGCAUUAGUGAUGUUGAAGUUUAAAUAUGGAGGCCACGUCAGUGUUAAAGAUCUGUCUGCUGUGGACUCCAUCACCAGCCGCUGCGCUCGACUCAAUCAGCUGCUGCAGGGAAAGUGCAGCGCGUCGGGUGUUUCCAGAGAAACUCUGAUUGAUGCUUUUCUGCUGCUCUAUCAAGAGUGCGCCACACCAGAGCUCAUGAAGAUCAAACAUGUGGCCAACUUUGUCAAUAAAUAUUCUGAAUUAGUGGCUGAAGUUCAGGAACUGCUUCCUGCUAAGAAGGAUUUUGAGGUGAGGGGCAUCGUGGGAAGGGGACACUUCUCCGAGGUGCAGGUGGUGAAGGAGAAAGCUACAGGAGAUGUGUACGCCAUGAAGAUCAUGGACAAAACCAGCCAGCGUUCACAGGACAAUGUGGCGUUCUUUGAGGAAGAGCGAAGCAUCCUGGCCCUGAACCCAAGUCCCUGGAUCCCUCAGCUCCAGCACGCUUUCCAGAACCAGGACUAUGUCUAUCUGGUGAUGGAGUUUCUGCCUGGCGGUGAUCUCAUGGCUUUGAUGAACAGAUAUGAAGAUCAGUUAGACGAGUCUAUGGCUCAGUUUUACCUGGCGGAGCUCGUGCAGGCCAUUCACUCGGUCCAUCAGAUGGGAUACGUGCACAGAGAUAUUAAACCAGAGAACGUUCUGAUCGACCGGACGGGUCACAUUAAACUGGUCGACUUUGGAUCAGCAGCCAGACUGACUGCUAACAGAACGGUCACAUGCUCCAAACUCCCGGUGGGCACUCAAGACUUCCUGGCCCCUGAGAUCCUGUCCACGCCCAAUGGAGGGCCGACGUGCAGCUACGGCCCUGAGAGCGACUGGUGGUCUCUGGGCAUCAUCGCUUAUGAAAUGAUCUACAUGAAAUCGCCCUUCGCUGACAGCACGUCCACAAAAACCAUCAACAACAUCAUGAACUUUCAGCGUUUUCUGAAGUUUCCAGAGGAACCCAAAGCCAGCGCUCAGUUUGUCGACCUGCUGCAGAGUUUGUUAUGUGGAUCGCGGGAGCGUCUGGGAUACGAGGGCCUGCGCUCACAUCCGUUCUUCUCCUCUGUCGACUGGACCAACCUGAGACACGCGCUCCCUCCGUUCGUUCCGUCUCUGUGUUCUGAGGAUGACACCUCCAAUUUCGAGGAGCCCGAGAGGCCCCCCCACCCCGCAGCCGCUGCCCAGCGAGAUCAUCCUCACUCAGGCUUCCACGGACGAGACCUGCCCUUUGUAGGGUGGUGCUUCAGUCGGGCCCUGAGCACACUGGCCAAGUCUGAAUCGGUUGGCACAGGGCUCAACUCUCCUGCCAAGACCAACUCCAUGGAAAAAAAACUGCACCUCAAAAGCAAAGAACUGCAAGACACUCAAGACAAAUGUCACAAGAUGGAGCAAGAGAUCUCACGGUUUCAGCGUAAGAUGACUGACCUGGAGUCAGUCCUCCAGCAGAAAGAUGUGGAGCUCAAAGCCUCCGAGACCCAGAGGAGCAUCCUGGAGCAGGACCUCGCCACCUACAUCACCGAAUGCAGCAGUCUGAAGCGCAGUCUGGAGCAGGCUCGUGUUGAAGUGUCACAGGAAGAUGAUAAAGCUCUCCAGCUCCUCCAUGACAUCAGAGGACAGAGCAACAAACUCCAGGAGAUCAAGGAGCAGGAGUAUCACGCUCAGCUGGAGGAGAUGCAGGUGACCAUCAGACAGCUGGAGGAGGACCUGUCUGCCGCUCGCCGCCGCAGCGACCUGUACGAGACCGAGCUGCGAGAGUCACGGCUGACCAGCGAAGAGCUCAAGAGGAAAGCAGCCGAAUACCAGCAGAGGAUCCAGAAGGCAAAGGAGCAGGGGAAAGCGGAAGUGGAGGAGCUGCUCUCUAAACUCGAGAAGACGAACGCUGAGCAGCAGCUGAAGAUCCAGGAGCUGCAGGAUAAACUCUCAAAGGCGGUGAAAGCGAGCACAGAAGCCACGGAGCUGCUGCAGAACAUCCGUCAGGCCAAAGAGCGUCUGGAGCGAGAGCUGGAGCGUCUGCACAGCAAAUCUGACCCCAGCGACACGCUGCGCAGACGCCUGCGAGAGACUGAGGAUGGCAGAAAGACUUUGGAAAACCAAGUGAAGCGUCUGGAGAUGGUGGAGCGUCGAGAGAAUAAACUGAAGGACGACAUCCAGACCAAAUCCCAACAGAUCCAACAGAUGGCUGAGAAGAUACUGGAGCUUGAGGAAAACUUGCGGGAGACUCAGACUACAGCGCAGAGGAUGGAAGCCCACCUGGUCCAGAAGGAGCGACUCUAUGAGGACAAAAUCAAGGUUCUGGAGGCUCAGAUGAAGGCAGAUCUGGCAGAUAAAGACUGUCUGGAGCAGAAACGAGCUCAGCACGAGGAAGAGGCGCGUGAGAAAUGCAAACUCAUCAGUGAGCAGAAAGCUACCGUCAAAGCCAUGAACAACAAGAUGAAGAGUCUGGAGCAGCGGAUCGCUGAACUCUCCGAGGCCAAUAAACUGGCAGCCAACAGCAGCAUUUACACACAGAAAAACAUGAAAGCUCAGGAGGAGAUGAUCUCGGAGCUGCGGCAGCAGAAGUUUUACCUGGAGUCGCAGGCGGGAAAACUGGAAGCUCAGAAUGCCAAACUGGAGGAACAUCUGGAGAAGAUGAGCCAGCAGGAGCAGAGCAGAAAGAGCCGCGUUCUGGAGCUAGAGACCAGACUCAGAGAGAUGGGUCUGGAGCACGAGGAGCAGAAGCUGGAGAUCAAGCGUCAGGUGAUGGAGCUCACGCUCUCACUGCAGGAGAGAGAGUCUCAGAUCAGCAGCCUGCAGGCAGCGCGACACGCGCUCGAGAGUCAGCUACAGCAGGCCAAGACCGAGCUGGAGGAGACGACAGCCGAAGCUGAGGAGGAGAUCACUGCACUGAGAGCCCACAGAGAUGAGCUUCAGCGCAAGUUUGACGCGCUCCGAGACAGCUGCUCGGUGAUCACGGACCUGGAGGAGCAGCUGACCCAGCUGACCCAGGAGAACGCCGAGUUGAACCGGCAGAACUUCUACCUGUCCAAACAGCUGGACGAGCUGACGGUGGAGAGCGAGGAGCGACUGCAGCUCAGUCAAGACGUGGACCAUCUGCGCAGAGAGGUGGCCGACCGAGAGAUGCACCUCAACAACCAGAAACAGAACAUCGAGACUCUGAAGACCACAUGCAGCAUGCUGGAGGAGCAGGUGGUGGAGCUGGAGAGUCUGAACGAUGAGCUGCUGGAGAAGGAGAGACAGUGGGAGAACUGGAGAUCCGCUCUGGAGGACGAGAAGAGCCAGGCGGAGCGCAGAACCAGAGACAUGCAGAGACUGCUGGACAACGAGAAGCAGAACAGGUUGCGAGCGGAUCAGCGCAGUACAGAGUCUCGGCAGGCGGUUGAGCUGGCGGUUCGCGAACACAAUGCUGAGAUCGUGGCUUUGCAGCAGGCCCUGAAAGAGCAGAGACUGAAAGCAGAAAGUCUAUCUGAUACUCUCAAUGACCUGGAGAAGAAACAUGCCAUGCUGGAGAUGAACGCUAGGAGCCUUCAGCAGAAACUCGAGACGGAGAGAGAACUCAAACAAAGACUCAUGGAAGAGGCCGUCUACUCGCACGAGAAAGUAAAAAUGGAGGGAACCAUCUCACAGCAGACCAAACUCAUCGACUUUCUGCAGGCCAAGAUGGACCAGCCCACCAAGAAGAAGAAGGUGAGAGAGACAGGAGCAUCGGCUCAUUUUAAAGCGCAGGAGCACAUGGCUCCGUCCACGCCGGCGUCGGCCCGUCAGCAGAUCCUCAUGUCGGCCAUCGUGAAAUCUCCGGAGCGCCAGCCCAAUCCCAGCAGCCUCCUGAACCCUUCCAGCUCGGCCCGCCGCAAAGAGAGCUCCACGCCGGAGGCGAAGAGGAGGGUGACGUUUGAAAAGUACGGGCGGCGCGUGAAGGAGCGAAUGCAUCACAACAUCCCGCAUCGCUUCACGGUGGGGCUGAACAUGAGAGCCGCGAAAUGUGCCGUCUGUCUGGACACGGUUCACUUCGGCCGACAGGCUGCCACAUGUCUGGAGUGUCGUACUCUCUGUCACCCCAAGUGUUCCCCGUGUUUACCGGCGACCUGCGGUCUUCCUGUCAAAGAGGCCUCGGGUCACAUGCGUCUGGAGGGCUGGAUGAAGCAGCCCAGGUGCGCUUAUGAGCAGACUGCUGUUUGGAAUAUGUUCCGG